CAAGUUUGAGAACUAGUUCAAGAGCAGCUUCACCAACCAUUCAUUCUCUCCCAGCUCUGUAGCUUAGGGAAUUGAGCACCAAAAAAAAAGGGAAAAAAAUAAAAGGCUAAAUUGUUUGGUCUUUUGGCUUUCUUCUACAAAUUGGUCUUAUGCAUGAACCUUCCUAUUCACUCAAGUGAAUUUUCCUCAAUCAGCAAUUUCCUUCAACAUCCUUUUCAUAUUAUUCUAAUCCUUCACUUUAAACUAUAUGUAUGCAGCUCAAUUCUUAUAAUCCCACUUUCUCCAUAAUCAAGCUUAUGGAGAUCAACAUGUACUAAGGAAAAAAAACAGAGUGAUUUUUACUUAGAAAAUUUUUGUUGAGUAAAUUAAUGGCACUUGAUGCUGCAAUUCAUCCACAAGAGUACUACUCAAUGGGUUAUCCUUGUAAGGAUAUCUUCACCUUUGGUGGCGGAGUUAGUGCCGGAUUAGGCCCCGGCGGCGGUGGUGGCGGUGGCGGUUUUGAUGUGGAAGCACAGAAAGGAUUUGUAAAACUGAUCGGCAAUGGAAUGGAACAAUGUUGCGUAAAUGGAAAUUGGGAUUACUUUUCAUCAUCUUCUUCUCCUCAGGGGGUGAUGCAAAAUGUGAAUAAAGAAUAUUGGGAUGCAAAAUCCUCGCCGGAACUUCACGCCGGAGUUGACCAGUCCACCGCCGUGAUGGAAGAGUCAUCGGCCGUCCCGGCCUCCGGCAAGCGUAAACGGCAACGGACUAGAGCUAGCAAGAACAAAGAAGAAUUGGAGAACCAAAGGAUGACUCACAUUGCUGUUGAACGGAAUCGGAGGAAACAAAUGAACGAUUAUCUUGCCGUCAUUCGAUCAUUAAUGCCACCUUCUUAUGUUCAAAGGGGUGACCAAGCAUCAAUAAUUGGAGGAGCUAUUAAUUUUGUGAAAGAGCUUGAACAAUAUCUUCAAUCUCUAGAGGCACAAAAGAGGACCAUUUAUCCAAUUAAUAACAAUGACGAUGAUCAACAACAGCAACAACAAAUGGAGGAAAAUGGUGUUGUCCCACCAAUUUUUGCUGAUUUUUUCACCUUCCCACAAUAUUCAACAACCCCUUCAUCAUCCUCAUCAUCAUCAGCUCAACCUAACAAUUCACAUCCGACGAGUAACAUUCCGGCGCCGCCUGCGGACGGACAUGAGAAGCCUAAUAAGAAGCGGUCAACGGCUUUUGCCGACAUAGAAGUGAGUAUGGCAGAGAGCCAUGCUAACCUCAAGAUUCUGUCCAAGAAACGUCCAAGGCAACUCUUGAAAAUAGUUUCUGGCCUUCAAUGUCUCUGGUUCACUAUUCUCCAUCUCAAUGUCACUACAACGUUUGACCAAAGGGUCCUCUACUCCAUAAGUGUUAAGGUAAUAUUUACAAUCCCUUUAUAGUAUAAUAAGUUGUCUCAUUAAAACUAAAAACGUCAUCGUUUUACUGAUGUAACACGAUUGAUAAGGAAUAGUGUUAAACUGUAAAGGUAAAGUCUUCCUAGUGGGUCGAGAUUGUGAUACUUGUACUUUGAUUUUAUGAACAGCUUGAGGAAGGAUGCCAGCUAACAACAGUAGACGAAAUAGCUGAUGCUGUGAAUCACUUACUGGGAAGAAUUGAAGAAGAAGCUGUUUAGAUUAAUAUUGGAAGUUACGUUGGAACCCUAAUUAUUUUAUUAUAGUUAGAAGAACAUAUAUAUAUAUGCAUAUAUGGGUAAACUCUUAUAAGGCUAGCUUCUUUUUCUCAAGUCUCCCACCUUGAUAUGAUUGUUUAGGUUUUUUCUAAUUAAUUAAUUUAAUUUCACCUGUCUUUAUAAUUGUUUUUGUGUCACGUAGCUAGUUGGUUAUAUUAUAUUAGGACAAAGAUUCUCUCAUGUGCAAGCAGUAGUACCCCCCCCCCCCUUUUAGCUUCUAGGUCUAGGGGGUAGUCCGAUCUAAUCAUUCAUGUCUUUUUCUGUAUGAGCAAAAUAAAUUAGAGCUAGAAAAAAAAAGGAAGAUGAAUCAUUGCUUUGAAAUCCUUCAUUUUGAAAAUUUGAGAGCUUGAGGUGUA